CAUCAGACACAUGUGAUGCAGUCUCUUGCCCAAGAAAUAAAAUCCUUCUCUAAAACUAAUUUGAGAAAACAAUGCACCAGGGUGACAACUCUGAGUGGAAGGCGGAUUAUUGAGACCUGGAAAGGAUCCACUGUGCAUGUUGUUGAAGAUACUGUACAGCCAGAGACAACAUUUGGUUAUGUGCAGGACACCAACUGGGACCUUCAAGUUGGUGUUAUUAAACCACACUUAUUGCUGGGCUCCCAAGAUGCAGCACAUGACUUUGGGACUAUGAUGAAAUUCAAGGUCACACAUAUAUUGAAUGUGGCCUAUGGUGUUGAGAAUGCUUUUCCAGAUCUGUUUGUGUAUAAAACGCUAAGCAUAUUGGAUCUGCCUGACACAGACAUCAUAUCAUAUCUUCAGGAGUGCACACAGUUUAUAGAGCAAGCCAAAGCAGAGAGAGGAGUUGUGUUGGUCCACUGCAACUCUGGCGUUUCUCGCUGUGCUGCUGUGGUCAUUGGAUACCUCAUGUCCAGAGAGGGCCAGGCAUUUAAUGACGCACUUGCCCUUGUGAAGUCAGCGCGAGCGGCCUCCUGUCCAAACCCAGGCUUCAUGGAACAACUGAAAAGUUAUAAACCACAAGCAAGCACACAUAUAAAUGGUCACUGAACAUUCUAUGUGUUUCUGUAGCUUGACAGUCUAUUCAUGAUGCACACA